AUGGACGCUUACUCAGUAUCUUAUACCAGCCCUGAUAACCGGAGUACAUCCCGUAUCUACCAGGACCUUGAAUCCUGUCGAGUUCAGAGCCUCUUUGGGACCGGCCGAAACAAGCUGCUGCUCAGAUCGCUGACUAUGGACUCACUUCUGCGGCGCAAACAAUCUGAGUCGGGCCCCAGACCUCACGUGGCCAUCAUCGGCGCUGGCCUCGCCGGAUUGCGUUGUGCCGAUAUCCUGAUUCAACACGGCUUGCUGGUGACCAUCAUCGAAGGCCGGGAACGACUUGGAGGCCGCAUGUUCCAGGAAACGCUGCCAAAUGGACACACCGUCGACCUUGGCCCCAACUGGAUACACGGCACCGACGACAACCCCAUCAAUGACCUUGCCAAGGAGACUGGAACCGCCGUUGGUAGCUGGGAUAAACGGUCGUACGUAUUCGAUGAAGGGGGGAACCUAUUCAACGUGGACGAAAGCGAGGUAUACUCGAGCAUCAUGUGGGACAUUGUCCAAGAUGCAUUUCAACACUCGAACAAGAAUUCGGUCGAUAUCCAUCCCGACGAGAGUCUAUGGGACUUUUUCCAGCACAAGGUAGUUGAAAAGGUCCCCGACACCGAGGAGGGCUACGCCAAAAAGCGAACAACUAUUUUACAAAUUGCCGAACUUUGGGGUGCGUUUUCCGGAAGUCCGAUCGAAACCCAAAGCCUCAAGUUUUUCUGGCUUGAGGAAUGCAUAGACGGCGAAAACCUCUUCUGUGCCGGGACCUACGAAAAGAUUUUUGAAAGAAUCGCAGAGCCUGUGAGGCACAACGCGGAUAUUAAAUACGAUACCCAGGUAACCAAGGUUGAGUUGAAAACGGCGGAACGUGAGAAACCAAGGGUCCACACCAAUACCGGCGAGACCCUUGAGUUUGACGAGGUUGUGAUGACGGCACCUUUGGGCUGGCUGAAAAAGAAUCUGCAUGCCUUCGAACCGCCGUUGCCCGAAAGAAUCGAGCGAGGCAUUCAGGCUAUCGGCUACGGUUGCCUCGAAAAGGUUUACAUUAGUUUUCCAAAGGCGUUUUGGCUUGAGCCCGACACCGAGGGCCGCGUAGUUCAAGGCUUCUGCCAAUGGCUGGCGCCAAAUUAUACACCAAAGACGAACCCGAAGAGGUGGAAUCAGGAGAUUGUCGACCUCGCCUCGUUAGGCGAACACUCCCACCCGACACUGCUGUUCUACAUUUUCGGAGAGGAGUCACAGUACAUCACUGAAGAAGUAUCCAAGCUGAAAACGAUACCGGAGAGGAAUUAUUUCCUCUACGACUUCUUCCAGCCAUACUAUUCCCGGCUACCGCACUACGACGAGACGUCCCCUGACUGCAAGCCCACGGGGUGCCUAUCGACGGACUGGAUGCGAGACGACCUCGCGGGCAACGGCAGCUACAGUAACUUUCCCGUCGGAUUGACAGAGGGCGACAAGGACAUUGAGGCAAUGCGGGAUGGCGUGCCGGAAGGCGGUCUGUGGCUGGCCGGCGAGCACACGGCGCCGUUCGUGGCGCUAGGGACGGCGACGGGGCCUACUGGAGCGGUGAGAGUGUCGGUCUGA